UCCACUGGCAACGAUGAUGUGAGACCGCGAGCUAAGCUAGCUAGCCUAGCUUAAAGUAAUGGAGAACCGGUAAGAGAUGGACGAUGAGCAUCACGCACGUGACGGCGGUGUCGGUGUCCGGGAGACUCACUGACGGACUUCCUCGCGCUGUUCAUUUCACAACAGCUGUUUCUUCUCACAUGUUUUUGCUGUAAAGUGACCGUCUAAUUCCGACUGCCGGCCUGUUCGCCCGCGGGUUCGCCCAGCCGCGCGAGCGGGUUCGUGUUCCGGCGCGGUGUGAUAUGGCACAUUGCGAACUCGACACCACUCGCCACCGCUGGGAGUAUUUUCUACUUUACCCCCGUUGAAAUAAAUGAAGACCCUUCCGCUGUUGGCGUGACCGGUUUUUAAAUUUAUUUAUAGGGUUUAAUUCGCCCCACCACGCCUGCAGGCGAAGCCACCUUUUAGCUAGAACGCCGCUGCUAGCGAAGCUAGCGGUGGACUGGAAAUCAUGGAGCCAGGUGACUUGCGUGAGAGCCCCGCCGGCUCCGGGGAGUCGGAUCCCGGGGAUUGGAGGGAGGUUACUCCCGGUGGGGACGAGCAGGUGAAGGAUGCGGAAACUAGUGGAGCGACGCCGGAGGAGGUGGUGCUCAGGGACACCUGCGAGGAGGCUGGAGGCGAGACCCCCAAAGAGCCAUUAAACAGCCCCUACGAGGAGGAGCUGGACCCCCGCAUCCAGGAAGAGUUGGAGCAUCUCAAUGAAGCCAGUGCAGAAAUCAACAGACUGGAGCUGCAGUUGGAUGAUGCCAGAUCGGGAUACCGCAAGAUCCUCACCGAGUCGGCCCGGAAGCUCAACACUCACAGCUCUCAGCUCGGGGGCUGCAUCGAGAAAGCGAGACCCUACUAUGAGGCCCGCCGCCUCGCGAAAGAGGCCCAACAGGAGACCCAGAAGGCGGCGCUGAGCUACGAGCGAGCGGUGUCCAUGCACACGGCCGCCAGGGAGAUGGUCUACGUGGCGGAGCACGGGCUGAUGGCGGACGGCAAGAACACCCUGGACCCCACCUGGCAGGAGAUGCUCAACCACGCCACCUCCAAGGUGAACGAGGCCGAGGAGGAGCGACUGCGCAGCGAGCGCGAGCACAUGCGCGUCACGCACGCCUGCCAGGAGGCCGAGGCCCGGGUCCAGAUGCUGCAGAAGUCCAUCAAGAGGGUCAUCAUGAAGUCCAAGCCCUACUUUGAGCUCAAGGCCCAGUUCAACCACAUUCUGGAGGAGAACAAGGCCGUCGUGCUGCAGCUGGAGCGGCUCGUCUCCAAGGUGAAGAGCCGCUACUCCGUCGCCCUGCGCAACCUGGAGAAGAUCAGCGAGCAGAUCCACGCUCAGCGGGGGCGGGACCAGGCGGAGGGGGGCGGAGGGCGCACCACCGUCUGCGGGGGGCGGAGACCCCCCCUGGGGGCCGAGGCCGAGGUCCGGAAAGAAGGCGGAGCCUGCGGAGCGACGGAGCGCGCGGACGCCGUCGACCUGGGGAAGUACAAGGAGGGCGAGCGGGAGCGGGCGGGGUCGGACUCGCUCUCCGUCUUCAGCCUGCAGACCAUCGCCUCCGACCUGGAGAAGUACGACUCCGUCGAGCACCUCGGGGACCUCAGCGACGUCGGCAGCGUGACGGGCGACGAGGGCGAGAAGGAGAGAGGAGGCGGAGUCCCGGAGAGGCGGGACAAGAUGGCCGAGGCCUCCGCCAAAGAGCGCCAGCUGCAGUUCUACAAGCAGCAUCACCGGAGCUUCAGUUUGUGAGGCGGAGGGCGCCGUUUAGAACACAUAGGUACCACGCAAAGUACACACACACACACACGAGACGCUGACUGAGCCGUCACGCUGGAUAUGACUUGAUGGUGUAAAUAAGCACACGUAUGUUGACUGACGACAGAUUGUUCUAAAGUUCACCCCGAUCAAUACUUCAUAUCUGUCUGGUUGGAGCACGACUGGAAGUGUGUGCUGUACAGCAAGGGAUUGUGGGUAGUAUUUGUUCCUUGAGCGUGAAGAUCAAAGGACGACGUAGAUGUGCUGAGACGAGUGAAAACACAACCCCCCCGUCUCAUCGUGCGUGUGUGCGUGUGUGCGUGUGUGCGUGUGUGCGUGUGUGUGUGUGUGUGUGUGUGUGUGUGUGUGUGUGUGAUAUCAUGUUAGUGAUCAUGUUAGUGUGCGGGGGGGGGGGGGGAAAUGACAAAAACGAUUCUGUGUCCGGCACGAGAUCACAUUUCAUUUAUUUAUUUCCUGCGGUUGGUCUUCAGCACGAUGGAAUGCGUCUAAUGAAAAAUACUGAAACGAACAGAGUCCGGCGGCGGCGUGUUUCCCCUCCGACAGCAUGCACUCCACUUCUAAAUAUGAUACGUGUAUUCGGGGCUUUUAUUCUGAAACUUAAACUGAUGAUGAAGUUGCAGCCAGGUUUGGUUUUCGUUCUCUUUUUUUUGUUUUUUUUUGUGGUACGGUGCAAAAGCCAAAUCCGUGUUAUUUAGAUAUUGUUUACAUUUGUACGAGUUUUAUUCUUUUGGCGGCAAAAUGCAUUUCUUUUCUUUUUAAAAAAAUACAAUUUGCACUUGAAAAAAAUAACACGUUUAUCGCGAAUGGCACUUUGUUGUAAUCUCAUCUAGUUUAGAACCUUUUUAAAAGUGUGUGUGUCUGUGUGUGUGUUUGCCCCUUUUAUGAUUUUUACAACACUUUAAUAAUCUUAAGUCACCGGCUGACGCAUCCGAUGAGACUCGAGUUCUGAUUUCUGUGUUUUCCUCAUUUUAUUUGUAUUGUUUGUGCGAUGCAGAAACAUCAAAGUGUAAAUGUGUAAUUAUUACAAAGCUGGAUCAAUAUGGACGUGUACAGUUUACCUGUGGGGGACGAGCUGCUUGUACAGAUUGUCACGAUUACGUCAUCGUUGAACCUUCACCUUCGUCUUAACAACUCGUCUUCACCCUAUUUAUUAUGGCAUUGAGGCAGAAUUCAUGCAUCGUCAUUAUCUAUAAUCAAUAAACCAAAUCAUACUUA